AUGGACCAGAACGAACACCAGGCAGAUGCCCACCGGCGUCCGAAGAAACUAAUCUUCGCACCAGGCGACAUUGCACCAACCUCCACCGAGCCCACCCCAGAACCCCAGCCCCAAGCAGCCAUAGACCAAACCGCGGAAGCCCUCCGCACCUCAACCUCAACGCCAAACUCGACAACGGAAACCGAAGUCCUCUCGCACGCCGCGCGCGCACACCAAUUCGGCGCAAACCCACCCCUAACAGUCUCCCAAAUCCACGGCACAAACCCACUCCACCAAUUCAACACCUGGUUCCACGACCCGCGACUCCCAGCCUCCUCCGCCCCAGAAACAUGCACUCUAUCAACAGCCUCCCUACCCUCCGGCCGCGUCAGCGCACGCGUCGUCUACCUAAAAGAACUCGACGAGCGCGGCUGGGUCGUCUACAGCAACUGGGGUAGUCGGGAAGGCAAAGGCGGACAAGUAUUCGGGCUCAGCGAGAGCGAUACACUCGGCGCCAUGCCGGAACCAGACUUAGAGCCAACGGUGACGUCUGAUAUCGGGUCAGGGAAUAAAUGGGGCGCGCUGACGUUUAGCUGGGCGACUGUUGAGCGGCAGGUUCGUAUCGAGGGCUUGCUUGAGCCGCUUAGUCGCGAGGAGAGCGAGAUGUAUUGGCGGACGCGUGAGCGCGGGAGUCGGAUUGGGGGAUGGGCGAGUUGGCAGAGUAAGGUCUUGUGGUCUGCGGAGCCGGCGCAGCUGGAGGCGAAUCAGCGGAGGAAGAGUGUGGCUAAGUUGCAGGGGGUGUUUGAUGGGGACUCGCUUGUUCCGGCGGAUAUUCAUCUGACGGAUGUUGAGGAUGGGCGGGCGUUGCUAGAGUCGAAGGUUAAGGAGAUGGAGGAGAGGUUUGCCGGUGUUGAGGAUAUCCCCUGCCGCCCUUUUGGGGUGGUGUGA